AUGAGCGAGAGUGAUGACAGCGAUUUCUUCAUUGAUGAGUCCCCCAAAAAGAAGGCUCCGGCAAAGAAGCCUGCUGGUGAAAAGAAGGCACCAGCCAAGCCUAAAGAACAAAAAGAACCUAAGGAUAAGAAGGAGAAGAUUGCUGAUAUAUCAAUGGCUAUGACCGAAGAAGACAAAAAUGUGUUCACGAACAUUGACCAAGCAUCUAAAACUGGCAAGAAACUUGCGAUUGAGGACAUCUAUCAGAAGAAGUCGCAGCUAGAACACAUUCUUCUUCGACCUGACACAUACAUUGGAUCUGUUGAAUACACAGAAAAAACGCCAAUGUGGAUUUACGAUAUGCAGACUGAGAAGCUAGUAAUGAAGGAUAUCCAGUAUGUGCCGGGUUUGUACAAAAUUUACGAUGAAAUCCUUGUUAAUGCUGCCGACAACAAACAACGCGACCCGAAGAUGAAUUGCAUUAAAAUCAACAUUGAAAAGGAUAAGAAUCAGAUUUCCAUAUUCAAUAAUGGCAAAGGUAUUCCUGUAGUUCACCACAAAGUGGAAAAUAUGUAUGUUCCCGAAAUGAUUUUUGGGACUUUACUAACAUCUUCAAACUACGAUGACAGUCAGAGGAAGGUGACUGGUGGUCGUAACGGUUACGGUGCUAAGCUUUGUAAUAUAUUCUCUACUGAGUUCACCCUUGAAACGUCGUCAAAAGAGUUCGGAAAAGCUUUCAAACAGACAUGGAUUAACAAUAUGACCAAGGAUAAAGACUGCCAAAUUGCCAAAGCUGCUGGAGAAGACUACACGAAGGUUACCUUUAAACCGGAUUUGAGCAAGUUUAGAAUGAAGGAGUUGGAUGAUGACAUAAUCGGACUGAUGUGUCGGCGUGCGUUUGAUGUAGCUGGUAGCACCAAGGGGGUGAAAGUGUUGCUCAAUGGAAAGGUUUUGCCUGUACAAGGUUUCAAGCAGUAUGUCGAACAGUACACCAAAGAUCUCACGGGACCGACAGGAGAACCUGCUAAGGUUGUCUAUGAAUCGGUCAACGAUCGUUGGGAGGUAGCUCUGACAGUCUCAGAAAAAGGCUUUCAACAAGUGUCGUUCGUCAACAGCAUUGCGACCACAAAGGGCGGUAGACACGUUGAUUAUGUAGCAGACCAAAUGGUUGCGAAGUUAAUUGACGUUAUCAAGAAGAAAGUAGGAAAGAGUACAGUGAAUGUGAAGCCAUUCCAAGUCAAAAAUCACAUGUGGGUGUUCGUAAACUGCCUAAUAGAGAAUCCCACCUUCGACUCACAAACUAAAGAAACGAUGACUCUGCAAGCAAAAUCCUUUGGUUCAAAGUGUGAGCUUAGCGACAAGUUCUCCAAACAGGCAAUAAAUUGCGGUGUUGUGGACGCGGUGCUCGCUUGGGUUCGAUUUAAACAGCAAGAAGAUAUGAACAAAAAAUGCAGCGGCAAAAAGGCAACCAAACUGAAGGGUAUUCCCAAACUAGAAGAUGCAAAUGAUGCCGGUACGAAGAACUCCCAGCUAUGCACAUUGAUUCUCACUGAGGGAGACUCAGCCAAGACAUUGGCUGUUUCUGGCCUUGGUGUGGUCGGCAGAGACAGAUAUGGUGUGUUUCCGCUGCGUGGUAAGCUGCUGAAUGUUCGUGAAGGAAACAUCAAACAGGUUGCUGAGAAUGCCGAGGUCAAUGCGUUGAUCAAAAUUUUGGGUUUACAAUACAAAAAGAAGUAUGAGACUGAAGAAGAUUUCAAAUCGCUGCGUUAUGGAAAGGUGAUGGUGAUGGCUGAUCAGGAUCAAGACGGAUCGCACAUCAAAGGACUUGUAAUCAAUUUCAUUCAUCACAAUUGGCCAAGUCUUAUACAGAGGAACUUCGUUGAAGAAUUUAUAACACCUAUCGUCAAGGCAACGAAAGGAAAGGAGGAGUUGUCUUUCUUCUCUAUACCUGAAUAUAAUGAAUGGCGAAACAACACUGAUAAUUGGAAGACCUUUAAGAUCAAGUACUACAAAGGAUUGGGUACUUCUACCUCAAAAGAGGCAAAGGAGUACUUCUCCGACAUGGUUCGUCAUCGCAUUCGUUUCAAGUACGGUGGUACAGAAGACGAUAACGCAGUCGAUAUGGCGUUUUCGAAGAAAAAGAUUGAGGAGAGAAAGGACUGGUUAACCAAGUGGAUGGCUGAAAAGAAGGAGCGCCGUACGAGAGGACUAGAAGAAGAAUAUCUUUACAACAAGGAUACUCGCGCGGUCACUUUCAGCGAUUUCGUAAAUAAGGAACUUGUCCUGUUCUCUAACACCGAUAAUGAGCGUUCCAUCCCAAGUCUUGUCGAUGGUUUUAAACCUGGUCAACGAAAGGUGUUGUUUGCGUGUUUCAAGCGUGCUGACAAGCGCGAAGUAAAGGUCGCUCAGUUAGCUGGCGCAGUCGGUGAGCUAUCUGCGUACCAUCAUGGUGAAGCCUCAUUGAUGGGUACCAUCAUUAACCUUGCCCAGGAUUUCGUUGGCUCAAAUAAUGUGAAUCUUCUUCUUCCCAUUGGUCAGUUUGGUACACGUCUCCAAGGAGGAAAAGACAGUGCAUCUCCUCGUUAUAUUUUCACUCAGCUGAGUCCUGUUGCUCGGACAAUAUUCCCAGUUCCCGACGACAAUGUUCUUCGAUUCCUCUUCGAGGAGAAUCAGAGAAUUGAACCUGAAUGGUACUGUCCGAUUAUCCCUAUGGUGCUGGUCAACGGAGCAUCGGGUAUUGGCACUGGCUGGUCUACUUCCAUCCACAAUUAUAACCCUCGUGAAAUCUGUGAGAAUAUGAGGAAACUAAUUAGGGGAGAACAACCGAAACCAAUAGCUCCAUGGUUCAAGAAUUUCCGUGGGACUAUAGAACAACUAGAUCCAUCCCGAUAUGUGUGUUCUGGCGAAGUAGCUGUCUUAAGCGACGAUACUAUCGAAAUCACAGAGUUGCCAGUAAAGACAUGGACACAGACCUAUAAGGAAACUGUGCUGGAGCCCAUGCUUGAGUCGAGCGAGAAGAAGUCUCCCAUCAUUAGCGACUUUAAAGAGUACCAUACUGAUACAACAGUGCGGUUUGUCAUCAAGGUGGCGAGCGGGAAAUUGAGAGAUCUCGAAGCUGAGGGAUUGCACAAAGUGUUUAAGCUGCAAACGGUGCUGAACACCACUUCAAUGGUCUUAUUUGAUGCUGCUGGAUGUCUUCGUAAAUUCAACACUCCGGAGGAGAUUUGCGCAGAAUUUUUCGAAACCAGGAAACAGAAAUAUAUUGAGAGGAAAGCGUUCAUGGAGGGUAUGCUGAGAGCUCAGUCCAAUCGUUUGACCAAUCAAGCUCGUUUCAUCCUGGCUAAAAUCAAGGGUGAAAUAUUAAUGGAAAAUAAGAAAAAAGCAGCUAUAGUUGAGCAGCUGAUCAAGAAAGGAUUUGACCCUGAUCCUGUCAAAAAAUGGAAAGAGCUUCAGAAAAAGAAAGAGUUAGAGCAGAGCGGUGAAUAUGAUGUAACAGAAGAAGAGGAGCAGGAGGAGGAGGAAGUCGUCGGAGAUAAGGAGGUGGAAAAGAAGCUUUCGGACUAUGAUUAUUUGGUUGGAAUGGCGCUCAUCAAACUUUCCGAGGAAGAAAAGAACAAGCUUCUCAAAGAAAGUGAUGACAAGCUGAGAGAACUUCGAGAUUUAGAGGCUAAAUCUUGGUCUGAUCUGUGGAAUGCUGAUCUGGACACGUUUUUGGAAGCACUAGCUAAACAGGAAGCGAAAGAAAAAGCCGAUCAAGAUGUCAGUAUCAAAAAUGCCAUGAAGAAAUUCACGAAAGAAGAAAAGCCAAAAGGGAAAAAGGCAGCUGCUGUCACAGCGGAAGUGUUCCCAUCUAAGGAUGGUAUUCGCAUAGAACCGAGCAUCGACAAGGCACUUAAGGAGAAGUAUGAUAAGAUCAAGGCUGCUGCGACUAGAGAAAAGAAGCCAAAAGUGCCUAAGGAACCGAAAGAGCCAAAGAUACCGAAGAAAGAAGGUGGCGACAUCAAGAAGUUCUUAGCUAACGAAAAGAAAAGUCCAAAGAAGAAGAAGAAGGAUGAAUGGAAUUCUGACGCCAGCUCCAGUGAAUUUAGCGACAAUGAUGAUCCAGAAGAAAGCGCAAUUUUCGAUGACGAUGAUGACGACGUUGAAGAAGUCAUUCCACAAAAGAAAAACCGCGGAGCUCGAGGGGUGCCAAAACGUGAAUCGGAUGCGGACUCCAAUAUGGAAAAUGGACAUGCAGGAGCAGGCGAUGCUGGUGAUGUCAUCAUGCUUGAUGAUAGUAGUUCAUCUCCGGUGAAGACUGAGCCUAAAAAAGGUGCUCCCAAACGGAAGAUCGUGGAGAGCGACGUUAGCAUGGAUGGUAGUUCCCCUUCACAAACGACAGAGAAGACUGAACCGAAGAAAUCUGCUCCGAAGAGAAAGAAACCUCUUGAUGACAGCAUUUUUGAAAUCCCUGAUGACGAUGAAGAUGAGGGUCCACCGCGGAAGAAAGCAGUUGCGAAGAGGGCGGAGACUGGUGGCACGAACAUACCUAAAAAGGCGACCAAGGGAAAAACAAAGGCUGAAACAAAUGGCUCCCCGAAAAUGACAGAUUUCUUCGGAAAGAAGGGCAAAGGAAAGAAAAAAGGUGGUGAUUCGGAUUCAGAGGACGAUAUUACCAUCGAAGACAGCGAGCCAGUGGCUUCGAGACACACAAGUAGACGGCAAGUUGCCAAACCUAAGUACAACUAUGGAGACACCGAUGAUGACGAAGAUGAGCCAAAACCCAAAAGGAAGAAUGUCAUUGAUAGCGAUAGCGACUAA